UUUGGUCAGUCAGACGACAGAACUUCCGGUCGGCAUUUUGUUCUACGAGAGGAGAGCCUCUUGAUGAUCGCAACAACCGUCAUAUUUCUCAUUUAUUGUCGAAAUUGGCUGCUAACAUUGUUUAUGUCGGUAAAGACCGACUAAAACUCCGAAAAACGAAUGUUUCCCUAUGAAUUUACGUUGAAACAUUCACCCUUGAGUGACGGAAGAAGAACGAAUCGGUCCGACCCGGAUUAUUGUUGAUAGCUACCAAGCUAGCUCAUCAGCUAGCUGGCGAGCCAGUCGAGUUCCUUCUGGAGGAGCUGCAAGAGAAAAGAAAGGGGGAGCUAGAGAUACGGACACAAACCAAGCUGAAACAUUCUCCUCCCUUUGGACGCAACAUCCGAAGGUGCCAGGAGAUGUGAGGACGGGUGUCGUUGCCAUUGACCCCCUGAUCUACCUGUGUAUUAACACACUCCCCCACCCUUACCUUCAGCAUGAAUGGGGAUAUGCCUCAUGUUCCCAUCACCACUCUUGCUGGGAUCGCUAGCCUCACAGACUUGUUGAACCAGCUGCCCCUUCCCUCUCCUCUACCUGCCACCACCACUAAGAGCCUCUUGUUCAAUGGGAGGAUAGCGGAGGAAGUUACCUGUCUACUGGGCUGUCGAGAUGAGAAUCUGGCCUCCCAGCUAGCCCAUGGUCUCAACCAGGUCUCCACAGAGCACAUAGAACUGAAGGACAACCUGGGCAGCGAUGAGCCGGAAGGAGACGCACCACUGUUGCUGCAGACCAUGCUGGCCAGGAACCCUGGAAUCUUCAGGGAGAAAAUUAUGCAGCAACCAAUGGUACCGCCUUUCAAGAUCACACAAAACUCCAUGCAUAGCCCUGCCCAGUCUGCAAACUUCCAGCCAGCUGAAAUUUCUCCCAACCCAUCAAGCCGAUUUGUGGCACCACAGACUGGUUCUAGUAGCCGGUACAUGGGCCAGCAGAGCAGUCCAGUACCCAGCCCCUACACUCCUCAAAGCCCCGCACCUGGUUAUAUACAGCAGUAUCCCCACCAGCAGCCGCCUAGCUACAACCAGCACCAACAAAUACAACAAGUGUCUGUGUCGAGCCCGAUGGUUCCUGGUGGGAUACGAAAUAUCCAUGAGGGUAAAGUGUCGGGGCAGAUGAGCAACGCUCCCAAUCACCACUCAGACAGGCACGGUACCGAGGACUACCUGAACAUUGUGCAACAGCUCGGCAAUCAGGAUUCGGAUUCCACAAUGAGGAAUCCAUCUUUUGCUCUGAGGUCUCCACAGUCAGGCUGUUCUCCAGCCCUCCAGAGUGAGGGAACACCCAAAUCGGGUUCUCGCCCACCGCUGAUUCUCCAGUCACCGCCUCCUUAUGCACCAUCGCCAAGAGAUGGAGGAACUGACCAAAAGCAUCAACUCCAGCAAAGGAAGAAAGCCCCUACAGUUAAGGAGGAGAAAGAUAUGUAUGACAUUGUUAGCUCUCCAAACAAGGACUCUACAAAACUCACCCUCAAGCUGUCCAGGGUCAAGUCAAAUGAAUCUGAUCCCUCAGGUGAUGUUAUGCCAGGCAUGGAUCAGAACUCAGACAAUAUUGAGGCAGAGCUGGGCUUUCAACAUGUUCCUGUUCUUCAGCAAACUCUUGCUGCCCGGCUACAACAGCAACAGAUCUCUCAACAAGCAGGUGCUGCUGGUGUGCUUCAGCCUCCCAGUUCCCCUUACGACGAGGCAGAGCUCGAUGCUCUCGCUGAAAUUGAGAGGCUGGAGCGAGAGGCAGCUAGUGAAAAGUGUUCCAAGGAGGUGCAAGAUAAGGACAAACCUCUCAAGAAGAGAAAACAGGACUCUUUUCCCUUGGAGCCGGGUGCAGGGGGACCAGGUGGUCCCACAGGGGCCCCGGGCAGUGGAUCAACAGGAGGGGGCAAUGCAGGCAAACUGACGCCACAAGAGGCUACUGCUGCUGGCAACGGUGCCAGCCGCCCUCCCCUCAUGGUGAGCAUCGACCUCCAACAGGCAGGUCGAGCUGAUGGCCAGCUCGACCCCUGUCUGGCUGCUCCUAUUCCAGCCCUUGAGGCCCAACGCUGGCCUGAAGAACCAGCUAGUGGGCCAGCUGCCAUGGAGGGUUCUGACACAGCUCUGCGGUUGAAACCUGAUGGCCGACCAGAAGUUAUCAAGAACAGGGUGGAUAAACAUGACAGCAGGAGAGAUGGUCGGGAGUCAUCAAAGCACCGGCAUGAUGAAAAAUCCUCAGACAGACACGGAGAGAUGCCUAAAUCAUCAAGUCGAGGGGAGCAUGGACGAGACAGGGACCGUGAAUCUGACAGGGAUAGGAGGCAUCGGAGUGAGACUGGCAGCCGAGAUAGAAGGUCUCCCGACUCUCGCUCUCGAAGUGAUCGCGAUAGGUCUGGCUUCCGGGCUUCUUCCAUUGGAGAGCCUGGUCGAAGCAGCAGUAGGCAAGAUGGUUCCAAACCAGCCUCGUCCGCUACUGGUGCUAAAAUCCCAGAUUCUUUCCCUGCUCAGCUGCUCGGAGGGCAUAGUGGAGCGCUGAAGAACUUCCAGAUCCCUAAGAUCAAUCGUGACAAGGAUGGCAGUGGAUCAAAUGAGGGUCAAAUGUGGGGUCAGCCGAAGGUUAAACUAGAGAGGCUGGGCUUGGUGAAGGAUUUUGAGAAGCGGCCCAAGCCUGUCGUGGUCCUAAAAAAGCUUUCAGUGGACCAGAUUCAGAGGAUCAUCCGGCACAGCAAGUCUGGAAAGAACAGGUUCUCAUCAGGAAAAUCUGGCAAAAGUGGUAUGGACCCAGCAGUUCUCAAAGAACUUCCCCCAGAGUUGCUGGCAGAGAUUGAGUCGACCAUGCCCUUGUGUGAAAGGGUAAAAAUGAACAAGAGGAAACGAAGCACUGUAAACGAGAAGCCAAAAUACGCCGAGGUCAGCUCAGAUGACGACUUUGACGCAAAUGGAGAGUCUGCAAGGAAGCGACACCGGCGAGACAAAGACAGAUCUUGGGAUAUUGAAGAAAGAGAGCGACGGGGUUCUGGGGAUCACCGGAAAAGUGGGCAGCGAGACAGCCGACGAGGCUCAGGGAGCCGCUACCGCGACUCUUCUGAGGAAGAUUCACCGCCACCCAGCAUGAGUGAAGUUGCCAGAAAAAUGAAGAUGAAGGAGAAACAGAAGAAACGGAAAGCAUAUGAACCGAAGUUGACCCAAGAAGAGCUUAUGGACUCAUCCACAUUUAAGAGAUUCUUAGCAAGCAUUGACAACAUACUGGAAAAUCUGGAAGAUGUGGAUUUCACUACAAUGGCAGACGAUGAUGAGAUACCUCAGGAAUUGCUGCUUGGUAAACACCAGUUAAAUGAGCUGGGCAGCGAAUCUGCCAAAAUUAAGGCCAUGGGCAUCUCCAGCCGGAUCCCAUCAGACAAGUUAGUGAAGCUCCUGAACAUCCUGGAAAAGAAUAUCCAAGAUGGAUCCAAGCUCUCUACCAUGAUGAACCAUGACCAUGAUGCUGAAGAUGAGGAGAAACUUUGGAGAGACUUGAUAAUGGAGAGAGUCACAAAGUCUGCCGAUGCCUGUCUGACGGCUCUCAACAUCAUGACCUCAGCGCAUAUGCCGAAGGCUGUCUACAUAGAAGAUGUCAUCGAGCGUGUGCUCCAGUACACAAAGUUCCACCUUCAGAACACGCUUUACCCACAGUAUGAUCCUGUCUAUAGGGUGGACCCACACGGAGGUGGCAUGUUGAGCUCCAAGGCAAAGCGUGCUAAAUGCUCCACACACAAGCAACGCGUCAUUGUCAUGUUAUACAAUAAAGUGUGUGACAUUGUCAGCAACAUUUCUGAACUCCUGGAGAUCCAACUUCUUACUGACACGACCAUCCUCCAGGUAUCCUCUAUGGGAAUCACUCCUUUUUUUGUGGAGAAUGUCAGCGAGCUGCAGUUGUGUGCUAUUAAGCUGGUCACAGCGGUGUUCUCUCGUUAUGAAAAGCAUCGGCAGCUGAUCUUAGAGGAAAUCUUUACCUCUUUAGCCAGACUGCCCACCAGCAAACGCUCUCUCAGGAAUUUCAGGCUGAACAGCUCAGACCAGGAUGGAGAGCCAAUGUACAUCCAAAUGGUAACUGCUCUGGUGUUGCAGCUGAUCCAAUGUGUUGUCCAUCUGCCCAGUGACAAGGAUGUUUUUGAAGAGUAUGAAACCAAGGUGGAUCAGGAUGUUUUGAUCACCAACUCGUAUGAGACGGCAAUGAGAACUGCACAAAAUUUCCUCUCAGUCUUCCUCAAAAAGUGUGGCAGCAAGCAAGGAGAAGAAGAUUAUCGGCCAUUAUUUGAGAACUUUGUCCAAGACCUGCUGUCAACAGUAAACAAACCAGAGUGGCCAGCUGCCGAGUUGUUACUCAGUCUGCUUGGUAGACUGCUGGUACACCAGUUCAGUAAUAAACAAACAGAGAUGGCUCUGAGAGUGGCGUCUUUAGACUACCUGGGCACAGUGGCUGCCCGUCUAAGGAAAGACGCGGUCACAAGCAGGAUGGACCAGAGAUCAAUUGAUCGUAUUUUACAAGAGUCUCAAGGCAGUGAUGAGACCCAGCAGCUGCAGAAAGCCUUACUGGAUUAUAUGGAAGAGAAUGCAGAGACGGAUCCUUCACUGGUGUUUGCAAGAAAGUUUUACAUUGCCCAGUGGUUCCGUGAUGCUACCACAGAGGCUGAAAAGUCCAUGCGGAACCAGAAUCCAAAGGAUGAGGACUCAUCAGAUGGACCACAGCACGCAAAGGAGUUGGAAACUACCGGGGAAAUUAUGCAGCGUGCUGAGAAGCGCAAGAAGUUCCUGCGCACCAUAAUUAAGACCACGCCAGCUCAUUUCGCCACACUGAAAAUGAACUCUGACACUGUGGACUAUGAAGACUCCUGUCUGAUCGUGCGUUAUUUGGCCUCCAUGAGGCCGUUCGCCCAGAGCUUUGAUAUUUAUUUAACACAGAUCUUGCGAGUUCUUGGGGAAAGUGCCAUCGCUGUCAGGACUAAAGCCAUGAAAUGUCUGUCUGAGGUUGUGGCUGUCGACCCCAGCAUCCUGGCAAGGUCUGACAUGCAGCGAGGCGUCCACGGUCGUUUAAUGGAUAACUCAACCAGUGUCAGAGAGGCAGCUGUGGAGCUGCUGGGCAAAUUUGUGCUCAGCAGGCCCCAACUCACUGAGCAGUACUACGACAUGCUCAUAGAGAGGAUACUGGACACUGGUAUCAGUGUAAGAAAGCGGGUGAUUAAGAUUCUCAGAGACAUUUGUCUGGAGCAGCCAACCUUCAGUAAGAUAACUGAGAUGUGUGUGAAGAUGAUCCGCAGAGUCAACGACGAAGAAGGAAUCAAGAAACUGGUGAAUGAGACAUUCCAGAAGUUGUGGUUUACUCCUACUCCAGCACAUGACAAAGAGACAAUGACCAGAAAGAUUCUCAACAUCACUGAUGUUGUUGCCGCAUGUCGGGACACAGGUUAUGACUGGUUUGAACAGCUUCUUCAAAAUCUCCUCAAAUCUGAAGAAGAUGCAUCAUAUAAACCAGCCAAAAAGGCCUGUGUUCAGCUGGUGGAUAAUCUGGUGGAGCACAUCCUUAAAUAUGAGGAGUCUCUUGCAGAAAACAAGGGGGUAAACUCAACUCGACUGGUGGCAUGUAUCACUACCUUGUAUUUGUUCAGCAAGAUCAGAGCCCAGCUCAUGGUCAAACAUGCCAUGACCAUGCAACCUUACCUGACCACAAAGUGUAACACUGCCAAUGACUUCAUGGUCAUCUGUAAUGUGGCAAAGAUCCUGGAGCUCGUGGUUCCUCUGAUGGAGCACCCCAGUGAAACUUUUCUCGCCACAAUCGAAGAAGAUCUCAUGAAACUCAUCAUCAAAUAUGGAAUGACGGUGGUUCAGCACUGUGUGAGCUGUCUUGGAGCAGUUGUAAAUAAAGUCACACACAACUACAAGUUUGUGUGGGCUUGCUUUAACAAAUUUUAUGGUGCACUUAACAAGCUCAAGAUUCAGCAUCACGAAGAUCCCAACAGCACAACGUUGGUAGCGAACAAGCCUUUUCUGCUGCGAUCGCUCUUCACUGUGGGUGCCCUGGCUCGGCACUUCGACUUUGAUCUGGAGGAAUUCAAGGGUACCAACAAGGUUGUUAUCAAGGAGAAAGUUCUUGAGCUGCUACUAUACUUCACCAAACAUGAAGAUGAGGAGGUCAAGACCAAGGCCAUCAUAGGAUUAGGUUUCCUGGUGGUCAUGCAUCCCAGCCAGAUGUUUAUGCCUGAGGUGAAGUCCUUGUACAAUGGCAUACUGGCUGACAGCUCUUCCUCCAUCAACCUCAAAAUCCAGAUCCUAAAAAACCUGCAGACAUACCUUCAGGAAGAGGACACUCGAAUGCAGGAAGCAGACAGAGAAUGGAAAAAACUGUCUAAACAGGAGGAUCUGAAGGAGAUGGGAGACAUUUCUUCAGGGAUGAGCAGCUCCAUCAUGCAGCUCUAUCUAAAACAGGUGUUGGAGGCCUUCUUCCACAAUCAGUCCAGCGUACGGCACUUUGCUCUUAACGUCAUAGCUCUCACGCUCAACCAGGGUCUCAUCCAUCCUGUACAGUGUGUACCCUACCUCAUUGCAAUGGGAACUGACCCAGAGCCAAGCAUGAGGAACAAAGCUGAUCAGCAGCUGGUGGAGAUUGACAAAAAAUACACAGGAUUCAUCCAUAUGAAAGCAGUUGCUGGGAUGAAGAUGUCGUACAGUUUGCAGCAGUCCAUCGCUUCGUCUCGUAAAAGCAUAAUAAGAGGAUUCAGACAGGAUGAAACCCACUCUGCUCUCUGCUCCCACCUGUAUACGAUGAUCCGAGGGAACCGGCAGCACCGCAGGGCUUUUCUCAUCUCGUUGCUGAACCUGUUUGAUGACAGCGCUAAGACGGAAGUGAACAUGCUGCUGUUUAUCGCAGACAACCUGGCCUGUUUCCCUUACCAGAGCCAGGAGGAGCCUCUCUUCAUCAUGCACCACAUCGACAUCACCCUCUCUGUUUCUGGAAGCAACUUGUUGCAAACCUUCAAAGAGCUGCUUCUAAAGGAGCCAAGGCGUAAGGAGAAGAAGGUGAAAGAGUGGAAGAAUACGUAUGAUGGCGAGGAUGAGCAGGAAAGGAUGAACUGCGAUUCCCCCAGGAGUGAUGAGGACGAAAACAGCAACGGCGAUAAUGAUCAGUUUGAUGAUGGCAGCGUGGUACGGCGGCCGAAGAAGACAAAAAAGUCGGCUGCACACUCAGGCAGCGAGUCCGAGUCUGAUCUGGAGGAUUUGGACGUUGACGAUGCAGAAAAAGUAAUGAGGCGUCUCCCAGACAGUCCCACAGGACUCUUGGACUUUGCCAAUGCUGUUCAAGGCAUCUUGCUUCUACUUGUUCUCAAACAACAUCUAAAGAACCUUUAUGGAUUUUCUGACAGCAAAAUUCAGAAAUACUCUCCAACUGAAUCAGCCAAAGUCUAUGAUAAGGCAGUAAACAGAAAAGGCAACGUACACUUCAGCCCUCGUCAAACCGUUGACUUCAUUGCCAACAACAUUGCUCACGCCACACUAACGGAAGAUAUAAAAAGGCGGAUAGUCAAACAGUACCUAGAUUUCAAAGUUCUGAUGGAACAUCUGGACCCAGAUGAAGAGGACGAGGAGGGAGAAGCAUCUGCCAGUGCCAACAUCAGAAACAAAGCCAUAAAUGCUCUUCUGGGAGGCUCUGGCCCCAUGUCAGGCCCCAGUCCCCGAAAUCAGGCGGGACCAGAGACGGAUGAUGAUGAUAGCGAUUGUGAUGAAAGGACCCCAGGGUCUUCUCGAAAGUCGAGGCGAGCAGGGGACUCCUUGGACCCUGGGCGUAUGAGUGAGACAGUGGAUGCUAUGGAUGUGAUUGCCCUUUGCUGCCCCAAAUACAAAGACCGACCACAAAUAGCUCGAGUAGUCCAAAAGACCUCAAAUGGAUACACCAUCAACUGGAUGGCAGGCUCCUACUCGGGGCCCUGGGUAGAUGCCAAGAAACGCGAUGGCCGCAAACUGGUGCCUUGGAUGGACACUAUUAAGGAGUCGGACAUCAUUUUCAAGAAGAUUGCCUUGACCAGCAACCAAAAACUGAGCAACAAAGUAGUACAGACUUUACGCUCUCUAUAUGCAGCGCGGGAAGGAGGGGCUAGCUAAUGGCUCCUUUCUUUUUUUUGUGUUUGUUUUUGUUUUUUGUUCCCCUGUUCCAUUUCUACUUAUAAAAAUCCUUUUCUUCCCUGCUCCUGCUCCUCCUCCUCAACAACACAGCCAAACUUCACUGGAUUCCUUCCCUGCCCUUCUUCCUCAUUUUUGUAAGAGAACACAGAGGGCAAGAAUAUUUGACACUACAUACUUUUACAUGAGUUAUUCUUGCAAAAAUGACACAAAACAUAAGACUUAUAUUAGAGGGACUGCUCAUGUUUUGUUUGUGUACAUGUUCAGAGGAGAGAAUCCUGAAGGCAUUAAAGGAAUAAUUCACCCAAAUUAUCCCUUAAAAGGCUAUCAGAAGAGACCUGGAGGGAAAUGUUUUGUCAACAUUGUUGUGGGAGCUCCUUCGCUGUUGUGCAGCAGAUUCUAGUCGCUCAUUUCUACUCCCACUGUAUCAUAGUUUAACACAACAAAAAACUAAAAUGUUUAUAUCUCUGAAUACAAAAAAGCUGUAAAAAAAGAAUAAAACCUUAAGUGAAUGUUGGAAAUUAGUCUUUUUGAUGUUCUUAUUAAAGUGUUUUUGGAGUUUAUUAUACUACUAGCACCCUGAUGGUUUUUUCCUUUUAGCUUUUAGAUUUUGGGAAAAAAAAGAAAAAGUAAAAAAAAAAAAAAGGAAUUUUUAUUUUUGUUCACAUUUAUUUGUCCAUGCUGUACAAUGGCAGAGUCCUCUGAAUAUAAUUUAUUCUAUUUCGAACUACGCAUGCAGUAUAUGUGGCCUAUUGCAGGAGGAUAUUUUGUAAAUGUAGAUUUUGUUGUAUUAGGUCACCCUACUAAUAAGAGGAAAGGGGAUUCAUACCCUUUUGGUGGAACAAAUACUGCAAUAAAUUUUCUA